AGAGCGUUUGUACUUUCCACAGGAAUAAUUGGCGACAACGAAAGUGGAGUAGUACAUGUUAGUUGUCCGAUGCACAAGAAGAAUUUUGCUCUCGAAACCGGUGAGUGUUUAUCAGGAGAUGUCGGGCUGAAGCUCAUGACGUUUGAGGUUAAAGUCGAAGAUAACCAUGUUUGGCUGAGUCUCCCACCGUCCAAUGAGCUUGACCGAGUACUUGGAACGAGCAAAUGGAUUGUGACCAAAAAUUCGGCGAAAAAAGAUGCGGCGAAAAAAAGUCAAGAAUCAAAUGUAAUACAAAUUGUUGGAACGGCAAUCUCAUGUGGUGGUUCUACCGGAUGCGCAGUAGUUAUAAAUGAAAAUUUGGUAGAUCGUGCAAAAUAUCUUUGUCCUACAAAAGAAGAUCAUAUAGACAACUGCGUCCAGCGUGACGCAGCAAUUGGUACUAAGUAG